ACACCGUUUUAUCCAACUUAAUAUACAUCAACGAACUCGAUCAAACGGGGCUGCCGACUUAGUGAGUUAAGCUGAAUCGCCGUACACGAUGGCUCCAGAAUCGUUCUUAUACAGCUUCGUAGCUCGGGGGACAGCCGUGCUGGCUGAGUCGCACACCGAGUUCGCCGGAAACUUCCGCCAGAUUGCUCUGCAGCGCAUCCAGGAACUCCCUUCCUCCGCCGACAGAUUCACAUACAACUAUCAUCGCCAUACUUUCACCUUCCUAGUCGAAGAAGACUACACUUACUGUGUCGUCGUCAAUGAAUCACUCGGGACGCAAUCUUCUAUUGCAAUUCUGGAGAAUGUAAAGACAGAUUUCAAGAGAAGAUAUGGCGGUGGGAGGGCAGAUACAGCUACCGCCAACGGUCUGGAUAAGGAGUUUGGGGCGAUUAUGAAAGAGCAGAUGCAGCAUAUGAUGGACAAAGAAAUUGAGGAAGUCCUGAAUGUUUCAGGAGUAAAAUGUGUUAUGUACGACAGUACCGUCAAGGCCCAAGUAUUCCGAGUAACAACGAAUCAAAUCCAUCGCAAGAUAUGGCGGCAGAACAUGAAGAUAAAGUUGGUCGCAAUAGGAAUCAUCUUCCUCAUGCUGCUGCUCAUAAUUUGGCUUUCUAUUUAACUGCACCAAUUAAAAAAUUAUAUGAAUUGUUAACAAAGUAAUUUGAUAAUUAUCAAUUAAGAAAUUAUAUCCUCAUUACCAACUUGAUUAGAGGGCCGGCCUGACAUCAACCACUCAGGCCAUCCAAAUUGAUUAUCAGCCACCCAUACCACCAAAA